AUCCUGCGAUAGGAGCGGUGGAGACAGGGCAUCCUCCCCACACCCGACACCCAUGACCACCGACUGCAGGCUCGCUCGCUAACCGGACACACAGGAGGGAUUUUCAGCCAGAAACAUGUCGAAGCACCGUAAAGACAGAGACAGCUGGGGGUCCCUCAGUGACAAACCCGUCUACGACUGGAGCUCGGAGGAGGAGGAGCCGGACGGACGAGCCCGGCCAAUCCAGGUGCUGCUGGUCAAAGACGACCACACCUUCGAGCUGGACGAGGCGGCGCUGAGUCGCAUCCUGCUGGCGGAGGAGGUCAGGGACCGAGAUGUGGUGGCCAUCUCUGUGGCUGGGGCUUUCCGCAAGGGCAAGUCCUUCCUCAUGGACUUCAUGCUGCGUUACAUGUACAACCACGCCUCGGACGUUUGGCUCGGCGAUGCAGACGAGCCUCUGACCGGCUUCUCCUGGCGAGGAGGCUCAGAGAGGGAGACCACCGGCAUCCAGAUCUGGAGCGAGGUCUUUCUGGUGGACAAGCCAGAUGGAGGACAGGUGGCUGUGCUGCUGAUGGACACACAGGGGACGUUUGACAGCCAGUCGACGCUGCGGGAUUCAGCCACCGUGUUCGCUCUGAGCACCAUGAUCAGCUCCAUGCAGGUUUACAACAUCUCACAGAAUGUACAAGAGGACGACCUCCAGCACUUGCAGCUGUUCACCGAGUACGGCAGAUUAGCAAUGGAGGAGACUUUCCUCAAACCAUUCCAGUCCAUGAUUUUCCUCGUUCGAGACUGGAGUUUCCCGUACGAGUUUCCCUACGGACAAGAAGGAGGCAUGCAGUUCCUCGAGAAGAGGCUGAAGAUCUCAGAGAACCAGCACGAAGAGCUGCAGAACGUGCGUAAACACAUUCACUCCUGCUUCACCAACAUCUCCUGUUUCCUGAUGCCUCACCCGGGACUCAAAGUCGCCACGAACCCUCACUUUGAUGGAAGACUUAAAGGUUUGAUCCGGCUGCAGUCGCUUUGUUUUACAACGUGUGAUCAUUUGAUUAACUUGAAGAACUUUUUUCGGUUUUGA